AUGAAAAGUACUUCUCGAACAUCCUCAAUAACUGAUCAAACAGUAAAACACAAUUCUAAACAAGAUCUAUCAACAGAUUUGACUGACGUUUCAAUAAUCUCUGUUGGUCUAUCGCGUUAUCAACAUCAUAAUCAUAGAAUGCUUACAGACGACGAAGAAGAUAUAGAGGAUGAAACAAGUGACGACGAAGAUGGCGACGACGAUGAUGAAAUUCCAUCACCAUUUAUUUCUCAUUCACAUCUAUCAUUAAAUAAUAAUAAUAAUGAUGAUAUAGACAUAGGUCCUAUUGAUCCUGAUACACAAGCUAAAUUAGCCGCUAUACUCGAAGCAACUGGCAUAACAAAUUCUCCUAUACCCGAAGACUUUUGGCGUGAUCAACAAGUUGUACGUUUAUUAACAAGUAGUGUAACAAAUAAUUUUAAUGGUCUACAUGAAAUUGCAAAUGCUUUGUCACCCUCAACAUUAUCAUCGCAAAAUGAAAAAAAAUCGAAAUUAGCUAAUAAAGAUUCCGGUGUACUACUUCGUGCAUGUGUAAAUAAUGAUCUUCAUACAGUUGAAAAAAUUCUUCAAACAAAAAAUAUCAAAGAAUAUUUACAUGAUAUUAAUGAAGAUGGUGAUAGUAUUUUAUCAUUAGCUUGUUCAAAUGGUUAUACAGAUCUAGUUGAACUUAUACUUCGUACUAUACCUGAUAUUGCUGUUGACGAUAGAGGAAAUAAACAAGAUUGCACACCAUUGAUGGAAGCUUGUAAUGCUGGUCAUUUUGAUAUCGUGGAACUUUUGAUAAAAAAUAAAGCAAAUGUAAAUAUACAAUCAACAUCUGGAAAUACAGCAUUACAUUAUGCAGCUGGAGGAGGUUAUGUCGAUAUAGUUCGACUUUUAUUAAAACAUGGUGCAAAAGUAGAAGAAACUAAUGAAAAUGGUCAUACACCAUUGAUGGAAGCAGCAGGUGGUGGACAUGUAGAAGUUACUCAAAUUUUACUUGACCAUGGUGCUGGAACUAAUAAUCAAUCAAAAGAUAAAAAUGGAAAUAAAACCGAUGAAUUACAUACAGCUUUAAUGGAAGCAUGUAUGGAUGGUCAUGUUCAAGUAGCGAAAUUAUUACUUGAUCAUGGUGCUGAUGUUAAUAUGCCACCGGAUAGUUAUGAAAGUCCACUAACAUUAAGUGCAUGUGGUGGACAUUUUGAACUAGCUUCGUUGCUGAUUGAGCGUGGAGCAAAUCUAGAAGAAGUUAAUGAUGAAGGUUAUACACCAUUAAUGGAAGCAAGUAGAGAAGGACAUGAUGAAAUUGUCAAUUUACUUGUUUCAAAAGGAGCUAAAGUUAAUCGAACAACAGAAGAAGCACAAGAAACUGCACUAACAUUGGCGUGUGCUGGAGGAUUUUUAGAAGUAGUAAAAAUUCUUCUAUCCAAUGGAGCUGAUAUAAACUUAGGCCAAUCAACGCCUCUUAUGGAAGCAUCACAAGAAGGACAUAUUGAACUUGUUCAAUAUUUAAUAGAAAAUGGUGUCAAUGUUAAUCAGGCAACUCGAGCUGGUGAUACAGCAUUGGGUUAUGCUUGUGAAAGUGGACAUACAGAGGUAGCAGAGAUUCUACUAAAUGCCGGUGCUCAUAUUGAUGAAGCUGAAAACGAAGGACGAACACCAUUGAUGAAAGCUUCACGAGUAGGACAUACAUGUACAGUACGAUAUUUAAUAUCAAAAGGAGCGGAUGUAAAUCGUUCAACAAUAACGAAUGAUGCAACGCCUCUUUCGCUGGCAUGUGCUGGUGGUCAUUUUGAAUUAGCAACAAUUUUACUAUUAAAUGGUGCAGAUCCAAAUCAUUUACUUAAAGACCGAUCGAAUUGUUUAAUUGAAGCAGCUAAAGGUGGCCAUACAGCUAUUGUUCAAUUACUACUUGAAUAUCCAAAAAGUAUUUUAAAUUGUACAAUAAAUUCUGUUGAAACGAAUGAUGAUAAUGGCAAUGAUGAUGAUGAUGAUGAUGACGAUGAAGAGAAUUUAACAGUAACAAUGCCAAAUUCUUUUCCAUUACCGUCACCACCACCCAAUGAUCCAAAUUUAAAAGCCGACAAUGAUGAUGAUGAUGAUGAUGAUGAUGAUGAUAAAUCCAAUGAAAUAAAUAAUUCAUCAUUUACAUUACUUGACCGUUUAGAAAAAAUUGUUCCUAGAAAUAUUCUUGAAGUUCUGAAAACCGUUGAAGUUGAAACUAAUGAGUUACACGGAAAUAUCGAUACGACAGAUAUGUCUACGUAUUCAUGGCCAACAACUGAUCGGUUACCAUCACCUAUAAAUGAUGAAACAUCGUCUAAUAAUGCAGAUGAAGCGAAGAAACUUUAUUUAUUAGAGCAACUUCAACACGUUGAAAAAGAAUUACAUGAUAAAGCUCAACAACAUCUAAAACUCAAUCAGGAAUAUCGUCAACAAGUGAAUGAAUAUAUUAAUUCAAAUCCUUGUUCAACGUCAAAUCCAGCAAUAAUUACUAAAAAGAAACGUACGACAUCUUCCUCUUCGACGUCAAGUUCUUCAUCGUCAUCUAAACCUGAUGAUCAAACAAAUUCAUCAACAAUAUUACCUAGUCCAAGUCAAACAAUAAACUUCUUUUCUACGUCAUCUAUUGAAUCCGACCCAUGCUCAUCGACUCAAUCGUCACAUCAUCAUCAUCAUCAUUCAAAAAUUAAAAAAUCUUUCAAUCGGCAAAUAUCGAAAUAUGAUCGUCGUUUAGAACAUUAUAUUAAUGAAAAUCAAAGUCAUUUCGAUGAAAUGAACAUUCAUUUGAAAAAUCUUAAACUAAUAUCAUCAUCAUCUUCUACAGAAUCAACUCCAACUAAAACACCAAUGCGUAUUAAUACUGAUCCAAAAAAAGCAUUGGAACAUCUACGUCAACUAGCUAGUUAUCCAUCAGCAUUGGAACGAAUACAAACAUUAGCCAAUAAUCCAAAUUUAAUGAAAGAAAUUCAAAAAUUUGCCAAUCAAAAACCAUUUAUAGAGCAAUUAAAAACAUUACAACAGACAACAACAGUCGAAAAAACUACAACGUCUGCUACUCAAGAUUCAACUGUAACAACUUCUCAGCAAUGUCAAAAUUUAACUAUAGAUGCGAAUGAAUCUCCUCUACCGGGAGCAUCUUCAAGUAAUCCUCGUCAUUCGAUAUGUUGUGCUGAACAUUCAUCACAAUUAAUAAAUUCUUCUUCAACAGUUUUAUCUCAUUUACGUUUUCAAAAUCGGAUCGAUGUUGAUUGUGAAACAGAAUCUAAUCAUGAUACAGCAUUAACAUUAGCAUGUGCUGGUGGUCAUGAAGAACUUGUUCUAUUAUUAUUACAACGUAAUGCAAACAUUGAACAUAGAGAUAAGAAAGGUUUUACAUCAUUAAUUCUCGCAGCUACGGCUGGUCAUGCAAGUAUUGUUUUGAGAUUAAUUGAACAUGGUGCAAACAUCGAAGCUCAAUCGGAGAGAACAAAAGAUACUGCAUUGUCAUUAGCAUGUAGUGGAGGACGACAAGAUGUUGUAGAAGUUUUAUUAAAAAAUGGAGCUAAUCGAGAACAUAGAAAUGUGUCUGAUUAUACUGCUUUAAGUCUUGCUGCUUCUGGGGGUUAUGUAACGAUUAUUAAAUUACUAUUAAGUUAUGGUGCAGAAAUUAAUUCAAGGACUGGUAGUAAAUUAGGCAUUACUCCAUUAAUGCUUGCUUCAAUGAAUGGACAUGUUGCUGCAGUUAAACUUUUAUUAGAUAUGGGUGCUGAUAUAAAUGCUCAAAUAGAAACCAAUCGCAAUACAGCAUUAACAUUAGCUUGCUUUCAAGGACGAGCUGAAGUUGUUUCGCUACUAGUUGAUCGGAAAGCAAAUAUUGAACAUAGAGCUAAAACAGGUCUUACACCUCUCAUGGAAUCUGCGUCAGGUGGUUAUGUCGAUGUUGGCCGAGUUCUAUUAGAACGUGGUGCUGAUGUCAAUGCACUACCGGUACCAACUUCGAAAGACACCGCUUUAACAAUUGCUGCUGAUAAAGGUCAUCAUAAAUUUGUUGAAUUACUACUUCUCUAUGGUGCAACCAUUGAUGUUCGAAAUAAGAAAGGUGCUACACCUUUAUGGCUUGCAUGUAAUGGUGGCCAUUUAGAAGUUGUUCAAUUACUAAUAACUCGUUUUGCAAAUCCUGAUUCAAGUGACUCGAGAAAAGUUUCUUGUUUAAUGGCUGCAUUUCGUAAAGGACAUAUUAAAGUAGUCAAAUAUUUGGUAAGGCAAGUACGGCAAUUUCCUUCAGAUACAGACUGUCGUCGAUUGAUAAAUACAAUAACUGAUAAAGAUUUAUUAAAAAAAUGCCAAACAUGUAUGGAUCAAAUAAUGUCAGCAAAAGAACGACAAGCAGCGGAAGCCAAUAAAGCAGCUAAUAAUUUAUUAAAAGAAAUUGAAUCAGAAAAAUCACGUGAGCAAACAAAAAAAGAAGCUGCAGCUAAAAAGCGCGAAAAACGUAAAGCAAAAAAGAAAGGAAAACAACAAACGACGACCACAACUGAUGAACCACUAUUAACUAAAGUAGAGGAAAAUGAAACCCCUGAAAUAGAAGAACAUACAGAAGUAUCUUCAUCUAAUGUUGUUAUCGUUGAUGAUGAUCUUCGUCUUAAAAUGGUUAAAACUGAUAAUGAACACAAGCCAACUUCACCGGAACGCACAACAAAACAAGUAACCAAUAAUAAAAAGAAAACAAAUACAAUGUCAAGAAAAAUUGAGCGUCAUCAAGAAAAUCUCGUAUCAAAAAUCAAACAAGAGUCAUCAAUUACUGACGAUGGUUGGCAAGAAGUUAUUGGUAAGCAGAAGAAAAUCACAAUUUCAUAUGAACAAUAUACACGUAUUAUUGAACGAUGUGGUUCAAAUUUUAAUGUUUUACGAGAAAUGACUGGAGCUUCUAUCGAUGUUGAAAAUAAACGAUCAAUGGGAGAUAAGACUAUUUUAAUCAAAGGUAACGGUGAUUCAAUAAAGCAUGCACAUCAAUUAAUAACAGCUUUAUUGAAAAAUACGGAAACAGAUUUAGCAAGUCUGGUACCAUCAAAGAAUAAAUCAAGAUCAACAACAAUCGUAUCAAAUCAUGAUAAUGAAAGUGAAAGCAUUAAAACACAACGAGCUAAUACAGGACCAAGAUUACAAAAUAAUGAAUCAACAUUUUUCGAAACGUCAUCAACAUCUAGAUCUAGUCCUCGUUCCUUGAAUCCAACGACUAAGAAAACCUCAUCAGCUAUCACUACUCGUUCAACAUCUUCAUCAGCCCCAAUAAAAACUCCUAAACCAAUAGCAUCCACUGGAACCACUUGGAUUAAUUCCAAUCGAUCUAACCGUGCUAUCUCAUCUUCAUCAACAAACAAUUCAACGACAGUAAAUCUUCCGAAUUGGACACAUCCGAAAACAUCCUCAUCACAUAAUAAAACAUCACAUUCAACUCAUUAUUCAUAUGUAAAUUCAAUGAAUCAACAUAGAAAUUAUUUAAAUAAUCAACAACCAACAUCGCCCGAUACCAAUCAAGCCUCACCAAGUAAGCCAAUCAUUUUAAAUUCUUAUUCAAUGCCACCGCUGCCUUCACUACUUGUUGCUGCACCAUCCUCAAAAGCAGUUGCUACAGGAGAAUAUAAUCCAUUUGCUUCAAAUAUUUUGACGACAUCUAUUGUUGAUGUUCUUACUAAAACAAAAGAAUCAUCAAAUUCAUCAGGGACAAUAAAUGAUGAAUCGGCACUAAAAAUGAAUUUUGCCAAUGUUGCUAAAAUGAAUGUACCAACUAAACAGCAAUCUCAUCAAGAGUCCAUUGGUCUUAAUAUGAAUGAGUCAACAGCAUCAUCUAUACAGACAGAUCCAAAAAUCGCUCCUGGUUAUCGUGGAUUAUCGACUGCAACACCAAUUAUUAUCCCUCCAACAAACUUCGAUUCAUUAUCACCAACAUCACAAAUUAAUCGUGCACCUGGCUCAAAUCGUAUUCAUCAGUCGAUCUCUCCAUCUCUAAAUAAGAUUUCACUAGAUCAAAAUGGACAAGCAGGCUCAUCAACAGCAUCCUCAACAUCCUCAUCUCCAUCAUCAUUAAAACAACAAACAAAUCAGUUCAUUCAACCACAACCAUUAUUUCCAACAUUAGAACAACAAAAACCUUUUGGGCCCAUUGGUUCACAUCGUACACCAAUAUCAACGGACGAUAUUGGUCUUCAAAUGCCAUCUAAAUUUUCACCAAAUAAUCCUCCUCCUAUGUAUCAACAAACACUAAUGAAUAACUCGUCUUACUCGAAUCGGUCAAGUCUUAAUCCGAGUGCACCUGAAUUUCAAGGACCACUAUCGUCAAAUAUAAUGAAUAUAGCUCGUCUAAUGGAACAGCAACAAAAACAACAACAGGUCUAUUCAAAUAUUCCUGCAACACGUUCAUGUCAACAAUCAGAUAUUGAAGCAAUACAACAUGUACAAAAUCAAGUCGUUCAUUAUUAUCAUUUACAAACAAAUCAACCACAUCUUGUUCAACAACAACUUCCACCACCGCCACCAUUAGCGACAACAUUACAAAUAGCAAAUAUGUUAGCAUCACGAGGACAUUUACCACAAGAUACAAAUCAAGCAGCAGCACUUGUUGCUAAUUAUUAUUAUAAAAACUUUUUAUCAAGAACACAACCAACGAACAAUAAUCCUCUAUCACCGAAUGUAAAUACAAACAGUGAUGAUAUACCAAUAACUUCAGUUGAUCCGACUGUUAUCAUUUCCAAUAGUAAUCAUUCAACCGGUCCUUCAUUAUCGUCUACAAGUGCCGGUAGUGACCAAAAAAUGGUACCAGCCGCGAUCGGCAGUGAACGUAAACGUCAUAUGCCAACAUCAACCACUGUUGUUCCUCCGAUGGUCAUCAGUGAUUGGUCUUCCGUAUCUAAACAACCAUAUCCUUAUCCACAACAGCAGACGCGCGAUUAUCCACGAUAG